AUGCAGCUGAGCCGGCACACACUGUCCACUGGAUGGACCUUUAGGGAUCGGGAGGCUGAAGAUUGGAUGCCAGUACCUACGGUACCUUCAGUUGUUCAGCAAGAUCUCAUUGCCAACAAAAAAUUGGAGGAUCCGUAUACUGAGUUUAAUGAGCUGAAAGCAAGAUGGGUCAAUGAGAAGUCGUGGGUAUAUCGCAAUACCUUCGAGAAACCAACUAUCCCCGUCGGUGCCAACAUUGACCUGGUCUUUGACGGCCUCGAUACCUUCGCAACGGUCAAACUUAAUGGCCAAACAAUUUUACAAUCCGACAACAUGUUUCUAGGUCACCGAGUCAAUGUGACGAAGGCCAUGGAGGCAGAAGGCGAGCACACCUUGGAAAUCGAGUUUGACUGUGCCGAAUUAAAGGCACGUGAACUGAAGAAGCAAGAUCAGAUUCAUAAGUGGGUUGGCUUCAAUGGUGACAUGUCCCGUCUUACUGUCAGAAAGGCACAAUACCACUGGGGGUGGGACUGGGGCCCAGUGCUUAUGACGGCGGGCAUCUGGCGUCCUGUUCGACUCGAAGUAUACUCCGCGCGAAUCAUCGACCUGUGGCCGCAAACCAAUCUGGCUGAUGAUCAUUCGACUGCUGAGGUGACUGUAGUGAUCAAAGUCGACGCAAACAGCAGUAGCGAUUAUAAAGCUCGAUUCAGUUUGCUUCUUCACGGAAAUGAGAUCGUGAACCAGGAUGUUUCUGUCACUGCUAGUAAUGAAGCCCGAGUCUCAUUUCGGAUUGAUCAACCGGAGCUCUGGUGGCCAAAUGGAUAUGGUGACCAGGCUCUUUAUGAAGUUUCGGUCUCCUUGCUUUAUGGAAACGGAAUCAUAGAUGAACAAACCAAAAGAUUUGGUAUUCGUACAGCAGAAAUUAUUCAGAGACCAGACAAGCAUGGGAAGUCAUUCUUUUUCCGCAUUAAUGGAGUGGAUAUAUUUUGUGGUGGCUCUUGCUGGAUCCCUGCAGAUAGCCUUUUGACUAACAUCACACCUGGUCGCUAUCGUCGUUGGAUUCAGCUGAUGGUUGAGGGCCGACAAGUGAUGGUCAGAGUCUGGGGUGGUGGUAUCUACGAAGAUGACGCGUUUUAUGAUGCCUGCGAUGAGCUGGGAGUCAUGGUAUGGCAAGAUUUCAUGUUCGGUUGCGGUAACUAUCCAACAUGGCCUGCUUUACUUGAAUCUGUGCGUGAGGAAACUGUGUACAAUGUGCAGAGACUGCGUCACCAUCCAGCCAUUGUCAUCUACGUUGGCAAUAACGAAGACUAUCAAGUCCAGGAGUCUGUGGGUCUUACUUAUAAUUUUGAGGAUAAAGAUCCCGAGAGUUGGCUCAAAACAGAUUUCCCAGCACGGUAUAUUUAUGAAAAGUUACUGCCAGAGGUUGUUGCAGAGCACUCACCGGAGAUCUUCUAUCACCCUGGCAGUCCGUGGGGAGAUGGGAAAAUUUCAUCAGAUACUACAGUCGGUGAUAUGCAUCAAUGGAAUGUAUGGCAUGGUACUCAGGAGAAGUAUCAGAUCUUUGAAACUCUCGGUGGCCGGUUUAACAGUGAAUUUGGUAUGGAGGCUUUCCCGAGUAUGGCCACCAUUGAAUCUUUCUCUCGAAAUCCAAAUGAUCACCACGCGCAAUCGCAAGUCAUGGACUUCCAUAACAAAGCAGACGGUCAUGAGCGAAGAUUGGCAACAUACCUGGUUGAAAAUUUUCGGUCUCCACAUACUUUCGAGGGAUACAUUUACCAAACACAACUUAUGCAGGCUGAAACGAUGAUGUUCGGAUACCGAGGCUGGCGUCGACAAUGGGGAGAUGAACGCCAGUGUGGAGGGGCCCUUCUUUGGCAGAUCAACGAUUGCUGGCCUACCAUUUCUUGGGCCAUUGUCGAUUAUUUUCUACGACCAAAACUCGCAUACUACGCCGUGAAGCGGGUUCUCAAUCCUAUUGCAGUGGGAGUUCAACGAGAACAUCAUGACUGGAGUGUAGUUCAUGCACAGCCACCGGUUGCAAGUAAGUAUCAACUGUGGGUUGUCAGUAACAAGCCACAUACUCUCCAUGCAACUGUAGAGUUGCGUUUCAUCUCCAUCAUAACCGGGGCUGAAUUACGAUCUCCCAUUGUACGGGAAGACGUUUUAAUCACUCCAAACGGUACAACAGACAUUAUCAGCGAUGGAGUCAUCGACCACACUGUGGAAUCUGAGCCACAUGUCCUGGCGGCUCGUUUGUGGAUAGAGAAUCAGAUAGUUGCCCGAGAUAUUGACUGGCCUCAGCCGUUCAAGUAUAUCGAUCUCCCUGAUCCAGAGAUCCAGAUCAAGACAGUGAAGUCAGCAUCCGAUGUUGAUGCAAAUCUAUGGACAGUCGCAAUAUCUGUGCGCAAGCCCGUGAAAUGCUUUGCGUUCGAAGAACAAGACGGAACUCGACUAAGUGAUAAUGCACUCGACCUUGUACCUGGUGAUGUGCAACAUGUUACUAUCUCUGGAUCCACGUCACAACUGAAGUAUAAAUUUCUUGGAAAUGAGGAGUCCGGACACUUCACGAAGGCUUAG